UGCCUCAUGUGCGUUCGAAUAAUUCGAUUUGGUUGACGGAUCUCGCAGAUCCGCUGAUCCGGUUGAUUAGUGGAAGAUUCUCAAUUAUUUGUGAGCUUUAUUUUCGGAGCUUCAUUUUAGCCGGAAUCUAACAAUGAUGCUCAGCAACCGUAUAUCAACGUUUCUGCGACUAGCCGCGCAAGAGCAACAAUGGCAACAGCAGAGGGGAAUGGCCACUCUGAAGUCAAUCUCUAUACGUUUGAAAUCUGUCAAGAAUAUUCAAAAGAUUACUCAAUCCAUGAAGAUGGUAUCAGCAGCCAAAUAUAGUCGAGCAGAACGUGAUUUAAAGCAGGCUCGUCCCCUCGGCAUCGGCACAAAGGUGUUCUACGAGCAGGCUGAGAUCCAAGCACCACCAGAGGAACCAAAAAAGCUUAUUAUUGCUGUGACCAGUGAUCGUGGUCUCUGCGGCGCUGUGCAUACUGGUAUAUCCCGCAACAUUCGCGACCGAUUAUUAGAUGAUACUAAGGAAGGACGCGAGAACACGAAGAUCAUAUGCAUUGGUGAGAAGUCUCGUACCAUUCUUCAACGGCAAUUCGCGAACAACAUACUCUUCGUUGCGUCCGAAAUCGGUCGCAAGCCACCCACAUUUAAUGAUGCUGCCGAAAUAGCUAUACAGAUAUUGGAGAGUGGUUAUUCCUUUGGAAGUGGACGUAUAGUGUACAACAAAUUUAAGUCUGUGGUAUCGUAUGCGAUUGAUGAGCUACCAGUGUUCGAUAAGAACGCAGUAGUUCUUGCGCCGAAAAUGUCAGUGUAUGAUUCGCUCGAUGAUGAGGUAAUACAGAGCUAUCUCGAGUUCUCUCUUGCUUCGCUGUUAUUUUACUCGAUGAAGGAAGGUGCCUGCAGCGAACAGUCCAGCCGUAUGUCAGCUAUGGAUAAUGCUAGCAAGAACGCCGGAGAGAUGAUCGACAAACUCACUCUUACUUUCAACCGCACUCGACAGGCUGUGAUCACCAGGGAACUGAUUGAAAUUAUUUCUGGUGCCGCCGCUCUGGAUUAAAAAUGUUCCGAAGGAGAAAUUUAGUUUACCAAUUUAUAGUGUCGACAAAUAGAAAGAGAAUACGUUGUUGGAAAAGAAGAAAUGAUGGGGAAAUAAUCUUGUUAAGUCUGAUUUAUGGAAUAAUCGUUAACUUGUAGCUGAAGCGGUAAAGUUUAAUAUUAAGAUUUCAAUGCUUUUGUUCAUAAUAUAAUCAUAUAAAAGUAUUGAAAUCUUAGAACUGAACUUUAUUGGUUCCGGUCUCCACAAAUCAGAUUUUAUACUGCCGAAAGAUCAAGUUUCUCAUUGACUUGGAUAGUUCAAACCAUUGCAGUGUAAAUAUCAAGAAUAUUAAAAGCUUAUCUGAUAUUUA